CCCGCCCGGCGCCCGCCAGGCUCCCGCGAUGGCGCCGCGCCUACGGCUCCCGUGAUGCCUCCGGCUCGAGGAGGCGCCGCCGCCAUUUCGGCGCUGCCUCCCGCCGCGCCCGGGCCGCAGCAGCAGCGGCGGCGGCGCCGCGCUUGGCCGCCAUGAGCCGCCUCAGCGGCGGUUGGGACGGCGCCGGCGGCGAGGUCCGGCUCCUCCUGGACCUAUGCCUUCAGUGUUUGACAAAGAACCUUUCCAGAUACAGUGCGGAUAUUAAGUCAUUGCCACCCAACAUAAAAGAUAAACUGAUUAAGUUAAUGAGUAGACAAGGGCAAAUAACCGAUUCAAAUAUUGGCGAGGUAUUGCACCCUGCUGUAGAGUCUCUAGAUCUCCGGGACUGUGAUAUUUCAGAUAAUGCAUUGUUACAGCUUUGUAACUGCAAGCAAUUGAAAAAAAUCAACUUAAAUUCUUGCAAAGAGAACAGAUUGGGAAUCACUUCAGAAGGUGUCAUAGCUCUGGCUUUAUCCUGUCCUUACUUACGUGAAGCGUCUUUCAAAAGGUGCUGCGAUAUAACUGACAGUGGAGUCCUUGCUCUUGCGCUUAACUGCCAGUUCUUACAAAUAGUGAACUUAGGCAGCUGCUCGGGCAUCAUGGAUGCAUCCUUGCAGGCACUAGGAGAGAACUGCAGAUUUCUUCACAGUGUGGACUUUUCAUCUACUCAGGUAACAGACGAUGGUGUCAUAGCCCUAGUGAGUGGAACAUGUUCAAAGAAUUUAAAGGAGAUCCACAUGGAACGAUGUGUGAAUCUGACUGAUGUUGCUGUGGAAGCAGUCCUUACUUGUUGUCCAAAGAUACACAUUUUUCUGUUCCAUGAAUGCCCAUUGAUAACAAAUCGCUCCCGAGAUGUUUUAGAGCAGCUAGUUGUAUCGAACAAAAUCAAGCAAGUGAUGUGGACUAUUUACUGAUUACUUUUGUCUGUGUGUAUAUGAGUGUAAGGUUUACAGAUGAGAGCUGUUUCAGAAAACAGCCACCUCUGGAAAAUAGCUGUCCUGCUGGUGACUUCUGUACUAGCAGAUGGCUUCGCUCCUUGUUCCCGCCAGAGGUCUCUGUUGCCAUUCCAGGCCUCACCCUGUGAGUUAGGGCUUCAUAGUGUCUUAUACAUAGAACCUGGUCGGUCUUUGCAACACUGAUCAAAUUGCAUUAAGAAGAAAGUUGAAUUAUAAUCCAUAUUACUGUAUCAUCUCUCAGCUUCCUUGAAGGAUCAAAUUAGGCUACUACUUAACAUCUUAUUCUUAACCGCUUAUACAAACAUACUUUAGGUAAGUUCCUGUCCUGAGUUUAUAAUUUGAGAGGGUAGUUGCAAUUAAAAAUACUAAGCUCAAACAUAGAAUUAAGACUUACGCAGAAACAUCUGUAAAGUUGGGGCUUAAAUCUGAAAAAUCAGAUAAAACUAAUAAAUGGAGGUAGAAUUAAUGGCAAUGCAAGUAUAUUUUAAGAAGUAACAAGUAGUCUCCUUUCAUGAUGUAUUUUGCUAGGUCUGGAGGUUAUUGAUGCUGCAGGUUUCUUUUUUAUUUACCAUCAAAUACUUACUGGAGUUUUACAGUUGCAAAAGUACAGUCUUCGAACAUAAAAACAAAAUUGUCUGUAAAUUAUUGUAGUCUCAUUUAUAGAAUUUCAGAAUAGCAGUCAUGAUAUUACCAAUAACAGAAUUCUGUAUGUUGGCAAAUACUCACUUGCUUUGGCUUUUGCCUAUAUUCCUAUGUGACAAUUUUUAACAGGAAUAAAAUGCUGCUCCUUGUAAGCAUAGCUGAGAGUGAAACAGGACCAGACACAGGCUCUGAGCACAUGAAUCUCAGGACAGUAGAGUUCAGCAGGGUAUGUGUUCUGCUGUGUGCAGUUCAUUACAUCUACAGAGGCCUACAGAAGUUGAAAAUAUUUCUAUUUAUGUAUUGUUCAAGUGUAGUCAUAUUUAAAAGCAAAGUUCAGUUCUUGAAGUGUAAAUGAGUUUAUUACUUGAUGUAGCAGGGAUCUCAUCACAAUUUUAAGUUAUACUUAGUGUGUCUGUUGAAGCAGGAGACAUAUAGUGAGUCUUAUGAUUUCUACAUUAAGCUUAAAGAUUAAGCUAGUCAUUUUAGUGUUGCACAGGUUGAGGGGUAGCAUACUAUGAUAUACUCCGUAUCUGGAACUAGCAGGACUUGGGGCAGUCUUAUAUGGAUCUGGAGGCACUUAGAAACCUGUGAGUUUAGGCAACCAGUAGGAAUAUGUUUACUUUACAUCCCACACUGUCACAGGUCACACUUUAGGUGUCAUAGAAAUAAAAACUUUCUAAUUUAUUUAAAGUUCAUGCCAAACUGCAUAGAAAAUAGUAAUAUAUAUAUUAUUAUGUUACUAUAUGUAUGUUGCAUCCAGUAAUAUUAAAUGAUAUUACAAUGUCUGACGACAGUCUCUGUUCUUCUAUUGGUUUUAUGAGUUAGGGAAGAACAAAUUCUGUUUACUAAAAGUGCUAAUAUGUAAUCAUUUUUAAACUAGGUGUCUAAAUUCCUAACUCUGAGUCUAUGCAGUAUUAUGGCUCAGUGCAGAGAGGACUGUGUUCCCAAAACAUAAUGCAUCCCAAGAUAUAAUUGCAUCUAUGCAAACCAGUCCUGCAGACAAAAGUUUAGUUUUGCUAUAUUAGUGUACAUAUCAACUAGCUCCUGAAGGCUGUAACUGCAGCAAGUCACUGGACCAGAUAAAGACCUAGGAACCUAAAUGUAUACUUAGUUCUAACCAUCCAGGUUUGAAAAUUUUUUUUAAUCCCCUUUUUUUUUGUUGUGGGUAUUUUUUUCCCCCUACUGUUCCUGUAGUUCAGUAGAUAGCAGCACUGACAUGUUCAGUAAUCUGGUCAAACAAACACCUAAAGCUAGCUGUCCUUGCUGCAGGAAGUGUCCUGUAAAAGAGUAAGACUUUUAAGAUAACUGAGGUUGGAUGGGGCCUCAAGAAGUCUCUAGUGUAACUUCCUACUCAAAGUAGGGUCAGCUCUGAGCUCACACCACAUUCAUCAUAGCUUUAUCCAGUUGGAUCUUGGAAAAAAAUGAAGAGGACACAGCCAUGAACAAUUUCUGCAACCUGUUCCACUGCUUGACUGUUCUUACAGUGAAAACUCUUUCUUAUGUCUAGUCUGAACUAGUUCUGUUUCAGUUUAUGGCCUUCCUCUCAUGUUUUCCUACCAUGCACUGCUGGGGAGAGCUUGGCUGCAUCUUUUUUCCAGCCUCCUUGUAGGUAUGGGCAGGCUACUGCUCUGUCCCCCUGAAACCUCCUCUCCUAGAGGCUGACCAAGCCCAGCUCCUUUAGCCUCUUGUUGUAGGGCAUAUAGCCAUAAUAUAGAGCAGUAAUGUAGUCAGAUUGCCAUUUUAAGUGCUAUAUCCAGAAAGAAAAAUACAAAUGGAGAUAAAGCAGCUGAAGAGAGCAGACCACUAGAGUUUCUAACAGCAAAGGAACCUUGUUACUGGAAUCUAGGUUUGUUAUGGUGAUGGCAAAUGCAGUUUACAUUCUUUCCUUAAAAAUGCAUGCAGAUGUGUGUGUUCUCUUAUCAGCCCUUCCUAAGUAUGUAACUUUGUGGUGUAUCUUCACCUUGUGCUUAAAAGCCUAUACAACACAGAGAUGAAUGAUAAUGUUGUAUUCUUAGGUUUGGAAGUUUAAUAUACCACUUUGAAUCCUUCACUGCCAGAGAUUGUCUGCUCUCUCAUGGGUCUGGUACUAGCAUAAUUCCACUGAAUAUUUUUUUGAUUCAUGUUAAAUCAGAGUAAUAUUCAACAAAUAUUUAUGAGCACUGUUAAAAGUGGGAGAAGAAUAUCACACAUACUUUUAUUACUUCAUAUUCUAUAUUGUAUUUGGAUAUUGUUACCUUUGUAAAUAGCUGGGUGAGAAUAUUCAUGUAUUGUUUUGAAGAUUAAAUUGUGUCUCUGACUCA